AUGUGUGAAAAGAGGACGAGGAAGAUUAAGAAAGGGUCCCAAUUGGCCAGGGUACGCGAGGCGAGACGCCUCCAGAGGCUGAACCGGCUGGCUGCGUCAAACGCCAGCGACGAUUCCAACUCCACGUCCGGCCCGAAUGUGACCGCGGCCCACAAGGCGGCCCAGAACCGCGUCAUCCUCGAGUUGGCCUGGAAGACCGUGGCGCUGAUGCACAAGAACCGCCUGAUACAGCAGAAAAUCGUCGCGCUGCAGAAGGAGACGUCAGAGUUCCUCGCCUCAGUUAUGAGCAACCCCGAAAACAAGCGGCGGUACAUGGAGCAACUGCGCCUGUACGCUCUAGCCCAACAGGCACAGGCACAGGCACAGGCGCAGGCGCAGGCACAGGCGCAGGCUCUUCAGAACGCCGCCAACAACAGGCCCCCGAAAAUAGAAACCGAGGCCGAAGCCGCGGUA